AAAAAAAAAAACAGGCAGAAAAAAGAAAAAGUGAGAGUGUUCGCCGAUGGUCACAGAAAGAGAAACUAUGUGGGUUUUUUGUUCAAACAGGGACGGUUUUCUGUAACACACUUUAACAUGGAGACUUAAGCUUUACAGGAAAACUUAGUUCUACUGAAAAACACCAGAGAUGUUUGAGUUUCUGUUGCGAGCGAUCGUCUGUCUCUGCUUUCUUCAGGGAGGUGUUUGUUCUGCUUGUGAUUGGAGUGUAAUUGGGGAACGUGGUACGUUCUUCGUGCCUGCAGGGAGCAGUUUGUCUCUGUCCUGUGUGGUUCAACACUGUGGAAACUCCUGGGAUAGCAGCUGGACAUGGCUUAAUGCAACAGGGGCAACCAGCACUGUUGAAAAAAGUGCAAGACACUUUUUGACCGACGUCCCACUCAACACCAAUAAGACCAAAGUAUCUUUAAAGAUUGCCAGUGUUAUCCAGGCAGAUGAAGGCUCUUAUGCAUGUAAAGUGAAAUGGUGGAAUAAUGAAGAGGACUCAGGCCACUGGAUGGAAGUGAACGUCACAAAAGGUGUUGAAUCUCAGAGGAAAGCCUGGCACAGGGUUCUGGUCUGCGCUGGUGCCUUUCUUUGUCUUCCUGUAAUUCUGGGACUGGCUCGCUGCCUGAGUUCAGAGGUCAAGCCCCAGGCACAUCCCAGGAAAAAGGUGUUAUAUGAAGCCGUACACAAAGAUAGAUCACAUCAGCCUCCGCAGCCUCUACCCCGACGUCCAGUACCGAAGAAGCGUAACACUCCUCCUCAAAAAGCUCCCUCUGGAUCACAACAGAAAUCUGAGUUGUUGUAUGCAGUUAUUUCUCAGGAUGCCCUGAGGAUACAAAAGGCUGGGAGAGAGCCACUUCAGCCCACUAUCUACUCAUCCGUCAGGUUUUCCCACUGAAAGAAAGAAAGAGAUAUGAAGCUAUCAUAUUCAAAUCAGUCUAUUAACUUAUGGCCUGAAUAAUUUAGGCCUUUCAAUAAUCCACUCUAACUUGCUGUGCCAUGGUGGAAUAAUCAUGUACCACAAAACUGAGCCAUCAGCAAGGGUCUUGGCAUUUAACUGACUUGAUAUAAAACCUCUCAUUAGCAAUAGUAGCUUAUUUAAACUGAAUAGUUUCCUUGUUUUUAGUCAAGUUUUAAUUAUAGGUCCACAUAUUGUCAAAAGUAACAAGCUUUGGGGGCCAAUGGAUCAGCUUAGUAUUAGUGUAACCAAAUUUCUGACUGUCUAGAUCAAUGAGAGGGAGGGCUGUUCACUGAUAAAAGAGAGUUAAGUGGGUCCAAAGUUUGUAUUUUUCACUGAGCUAUCACAGUUAGCACUGAUUCCUUGUAUGAAAGUUACUGAUGCUGAGUUUGAGUUUAGUGGCUGCGUCCUCUGAAGGCCAGAUUCUUCGGCCGAUUAGGUCAUAGUGCAGCACAGAGGCCGGUUCGUUUUGGAACAGGCUGGUGACGGGCUUGGUAAGUUGGGUGAUUGCCUAACCAGCAGGCGAGAGGCCUGAAAAUGUAAAGGAUGGCUGAACAGGCUGCUGUCAGGCAAAGUUGUGACCAAAGUCAAAAGCAGACAAUAACCCAGUGAGGUCAGGAAUACAGGAGGUGUACACAAACACUGGGAAUAAACCUCAUACAGGUAACAAGACAAUCUGGCAGAGACUGACUUUGAGAGGCAGGUAUGAUUAGGCAGGAUAACAGCUGGAAGGAAUAAAGUAGGAGGUGUGUCUAUUUUCUCCAAUUAUCAGUGGCAGAACCAGGAGUAACAGCAGCCAGCCAGCACAAAAACAGUCGAAACAAAGGCAAACUGAUGGACAUUGUGAACUGUAAGACAAACAAACCCACGAAAUGAUGCUGCGACCUCCCUUCUUAGCCCCUGAUGCUGUGUUUAGAUUUAUGUUAGUGCUGAUAUUGAAAAAUCUCUGACCGCACUCAGUUCAUUCAACUGAAGACUCUCAAAUCCACCCCCUCCCCCAACACCUCAUGUGUGCCCCAGCGCUCUGUCCUGGGGCCCCUGUCCUUCAUCAUCUAUCUCCUUCCCCUUGGCAAUAUCUUCCGCAAAUUUAACAUCCGCUUCCAUUGCUAUGCCGAUGACACCCAGCUCUACCUCACCAUGCAACCAUCGUCAUCUCUUCCGCCCGCCUACCUCACAAAUUGCAACUGUGAAUUAAAAGCCUGGUUCACCAACAACUUCCUUCAAUUAAACAGAAGUAAAACUGAGUUGCUCCUCAUUGGCACCAAAUCAACUCUUUCCAAAACCGACAGUUUCCAAGUUACUAUUGAUAGUUCCUCCAUCUCACCCUCCCCCCAG